AUGAAUGAUGACGAAUUUGAUGUUCCUAUAAUAGAAGAGAACAUGUGCUCGGUGCUUGGCAUCAAUGACGAACCUGAGCAUCGGAAAAUUGUAUCUGAAGCAGCCAUGAAAGCCUCCAUUGCAGAUGUUGAUGCAUGUGUGGCUGAUAUUGAUGAGGAUUUACUUGCUGAUGCGGCUCUUCCUGUGCCUGACCAUAUGCCUGAAGAGGAUCACUUUUGGUAUGAUAAGAAACAUCCUGUGAUAGAGGAAGGAUCUUUGUUUCGUUCAAUGAACGAGUUUAGGAUGCUCAUCAGAACAUUUGCUAUUAGAGGCAAGUUUGACAUCAAUAUCAAGGAUAGUGACACUACUAGAUUUUUGGGUCACUGUAAAGGAAAUGCAUGUCCUUGGAGAAUAACUGCUAGGACAAUAGAAGAUGGAAAAACAGUCAGGGUUAACAAGAUAGUAAAGCCUCAUAAGUGUUCAUCAACCGCUGCAGUGACAACAAGCAUGGCAGACCAAGCAUGGGUGGCAGAAAAGGCAAUGGGGUAUAUUCAAACUGAACCAAACAUUGGUGCCAGCGAGCUCCGAAAAAAGCUACAAGCCGAGUACAAAUGUACUAUUGGGUAUCAUACUGUUAACAAGGGAAAAGAAAGGGCCAAGAAUAGUUUAUAUGGGACCUGGGGAAAAAGCUUUCAGUCGUUAUUGAACUUCAAAGCUGAGAUUGAUAAAAGAUCUCCCGGUAGCAUUGUCGAGGUUGAUGUCAAGAGGGAAAGAGGUGAAGUGCAUUUUCGCAGAUUUUUUAUGGCACUUAAGCCGUGCAUUGAUGGCUUCUUGGCUGGUUGUAGACCAUAUGUCAGUGUAGACUCCACAUUUUUGACUAGAAAGUGGAAUGGUCAAUUAGAAGCAUGUACAACACUAGAUGGACAAAAUUGGAUGUUUCCUUUAGCAUUUGGUUUCUUUGCUACGGAGACCGAGGAUAACUGGAUUUGGUUUAUGCAACAACUGCAUAGGGCAAUAGGACAUCUUCAAACUCUAGCUAUUUGUACUGAUGCAUGCAAAGGGUUAGAGAAUGCAGUUAAAAUUGUGUUUCCUCAAGCUGAGCAAAGGGAGUGCUUUAGGCAUCUAAUGGCAAACUUCAAAAAAAAGUUUCAUGGAGAUGUUUUUGGUCGCAUGUGGCCAGCAGCCAAGGCUUAUCGUCUGGAAACAUUUAACUAUCAUAUGGCCAAGAUAUUUGAAGCUGAACCUGCAGUGAGUGUCUACUUGUGUACCUAUCAUAACUUAAAGUGGAUGAGAUGCGACUUCAACACAGAAAUAAAAUGUGAUUACAUUCACAAUAAUCUAGCCGAGUGCUUCAAUAGCUGGAUCAAAGGAACAAAAGAGCUGCCCAUGGAUGAGCUAGCCGAUGCAAUAAGAGAGAAAAUUAUGAUACUUGUUUAUAGAAGGAGAAGGAUUGGGGAAAUGCUUCAGGGAGAGAUAUUGCCUGCCAUCAUUCAACAAAUAAAUAAUAGAACUAGGCAACUUGACCAUUUGGUUGUUGGAAGAUCAACGGGAGAAAGUUGUGAGGUGAAGGACACUAGCAAAAAUAAUCUUAGGCAUGUUGUGAAGAUAGGCAGCCGUGAGUGCACUUGCCUAGAAUGGCAACACACUGGAAAGCCCUGUGAGCAUGCACUUGCAUUCCUUAUAGAGACGGCAGAUGUAAAUUUUCAUCCAUAUGUACAUGAGUACUACUCCGUGAGUAGGUUCCGGGCUGCCUAUGCUGGAGAGAUUGAACCAAUCACAGACAAGUCUCAAUGGCCUCAUGUUAAUAUAGAUUUUGAAAUGGUGCCACCGGUUUUAAAGAGCUCUGUUGGGAGACGGAGGAAGCAGAGAAUCAAAAGUUGCCUUGAAGAAGGUGGUGGUGGUGGCAGCAAACGGAAGAAAAAAGAUGAUAAUGGCAAAACAAAUAGCCAAGAAGGAGGUGAGAAAGAGAAGGAAAAAGAAAAGAAGAGAUUUGGCAGUAAAAAUAGGUGCAAAGAAUGUGGGAUAUUGGGGCACAGGAAAGCAACUUGCAAACAAAAUGAAGCUAAAAAGAGUGACGUGUCUGCGCAUGAGCUCGCUCCAGUUGUUGUUGCGACACCUACACGCACAACAACAAUAACACUGCCUCCCAGCCUUCAUAACAGCCCUGGGCCUAUCACAAGGAGGAGGCUUGCUAUGGCCAUAGCUGGAGACGAUGCAUCACAGCCAUGUGGGACAACUAUUGAUUCUGUAGCAUCACCUACUUCUCACUUCCCUUCACGCUCUACAACAUGCAAGAAAAAGUUGACCCCAAAGAGGAAGAAGCUCUAA